GAUCCGCCCCACUUCCUCUACGCUUCCUCCGUCCUUUCCGCUCUCUUCCCGCAGUUCAGGAAGCCGAGCGCUCGGGAAUCAUGGCUACUGCUGGGGAUACGAGGGGGGAACUGCAGAAGGAGCUGGUUUGUGCCAUUUGCCUUGAUUACUUCGACGACCCUGUGAUCUUAAAAUGCGGCCACAAUUUCUGUCGCAUGUGCAUUUUAAUGCACUGGGAGGAAAACGGCGGAGACGACAUCGGUUACCAGUGCCCCGAGUGCCGGAUGGUGUUUGGCAAAAUGAGCUUCACGAAGAACUACCUGGUGAAGAACCUGGUGGAUAAAUUGAGUGAGUUCGACUGUCUGAAGACGUGUAGGCCACCAGCUCCAGCAAAGCCACUCAAAAUGGAUGGGAAAUGUGAACGACACCACGAGGAACUGAAACUGUACUGCCACACGGACAGAAAACCCAUUUGUGUUGUUUGCAGAGAAUCCAGGGCUCAUAGACACCAUGACGUCGCCCCUGUGCCAGAAGUUGUUGAGGAUAUGAAGGGCGAGCUGAAGCUGAGGCUUAUCAAACUAAACUGGCAGAAGUCUAUGUGUGCCAGGGUCAAGGCCAUAGAUGAGCAAGCCAAAGCUGAUGUCAAACUGAAGAAGCAAGCUUUGAAAGAGAAGAUCGAAGAUGACGUCGGGGCUCUGGUCCAGUUCUUGCUGGACGAGAAGGAUGGGCUGUUGGAGAGACUGGAAGACGAGGAGGCCUCCACAAUAGCGUUAAUAGACGAGAACCUUAAGCUGGUGGAAAGUGAGGCAGCUAAGGUGGACAAGGCCAUUGCUGACAUUCAGAAUCAGCUCAGUGAGGCAGCCAAUUUUGAGAGUAUCAGCAAAGCAUACACAAGCCCGAGCCACGUGAGCCUUACUGUGCAGGCAGUGAACUGUCCCCCUGAUUUCACCGAGUUCACUGGCCCCUUUCAGCUUAUACUGUGGAAGAAGAUGAUGCAUGUGCUGCAUACAAUGCCCCAGAACCUGACACUCGACCUGGACACGGCCCACCCCUCCCUGGCAAUCAGUGACUUUGACACCAAGGUGGAAGAGGGCCGGGUACGCUCACAGGAGCCCGACCUGCCCCAGCGCUUUACACGCUUCUUCGGUGUCCUGGCCACUGCCCGCUACUCAAGUGGACAGCACUACUGGGAGGUGGACGUGCGGGACAAGGGCGUGUGGUACCUGGGUGUCACCACUGAGUGCAGCAACCGCAAGGGCUUUGUCAACCUGUCGCCUUCAGCUGGUUAUUGGAGCCUGUGUCUUCAGGACCGACUGUACGCCAACGAGGAGGACUCCCGCGUGCCAGUGGCCGACUACUGGAACUCGCCACGCGUCGGCGUUUUCCUGGACUACGACAGGGGCCACGUCACGUUCUUCGACGCAGUCACCAUGAAGCGCAUCUAUAACUUUAUCGCGUACUUCGACGAGCCCGUGUCGCCCUUCUUUAGCCCGGGCAAGAAUGACCCGGGCAGCCGGCUGCAGAUCUGCCACUUUUACUGAUAGGCCUGUCGUUUAGCGGCCAGCGUACGAAAAACGUUAUAUUUCUAUAAUCAAAAGUUUCCAUUCCUUGGCGUUCUCCUGUCGGGAGACAGGAGGGUUUUGCCAUGGUGUGAUUCAGACUGUGAGGUCCUUCAGCUCCUGUUUAUAUGAUUUUAGGAGAGCACAGUGCUCCGCUUCACCCAAAUCCGAAAGAAUCAGAGGUGGUUCUACUCGUUACUGUUGGAUUUACGAUGUAGCCCUACUGAAAUUCAGGUAGAGAUACGUUGCAGGUUUAAAGCAAAUAGCAACUCGAAGCUGCUCAUGACGUCUCCUUUCACCUCAGUGUUGUCUUGCGUCUUUGACUUUUCAGGUAAAAGUAACUAAAGACUUCACUUCAAAGUGAGAGUUUCUAAAUUCGAAUUCCACAUCACGGUGGAAUUUAGGUCACUGUUUUAACGGUAGUAAUAUUUCAGUUUUUUGCAAAUAGCUUUAGAGGUAAAACUUAUCACUAUUAUGUACUCCAACAUACUGUGAGCUUUAUUAUGUCAAACACAUUGAAUGCUUUUUCACCUCUUUGAUAUUUCACACUUUGACCCUCCUUUAAGUUGUGUUAAAUAUAUUUGUACUUUGAUAUAACUGAGUAAUUAGUAUAUAACACAUUAUACUCAAGUAGUAAACUUUGUUGAACUCAACAUUUUUGCACAGGUUGCAAACAAGUGAUGUUUGGACAGUUCCAUGACCAGAACAUAAUAUAAGCUAAAUAGAGUUACAUUUUACUACCUUUCUUAAAGGCUGGAAUUGCUAAAACACACCCAUAAGGCCUGAAGACUAGCUCUGAGUGCACAUUAGUAAUUUUUUUUUUUUAGUACAUUAAUCAUUGACUAUGAAUUCUUAAUAUUCAUUUGGUUGUUCAUCUCAAGCUAAAAGCCUUUAGACUGAAGAUUGUGUGCCAUUUUUCCUGGUCUGCUUUCGUUCGUUUUACUUUGUUUAUACUUUACGGUUUUAAUUUAGAUGUUUCAGUUGUUUUUGAAUGUGUCCUGUAUUUCAGGCGAAGAAACUGAAAUGAGAAGACUGUUGAUCUCAUCAGUUACAGUUAAAGAACACGUUUGUGUGUUGGGCCCAUUGAUUGUAACUCACCUCUGUUCCAUGUUGUAUGUAAUAAGAAAUGUAGUUUAUUAGUGUUUCUAUUAAUACCUGUUCUGUUCUGAUGAGCUCUGCGUUGGACUGUGGUUUUGACUUUGUUUUGUAAGAUCAGAAUCAUGUCUGGAUCUACAACCAGAUACAAGUGUGUUCCGUAAUAAAGUUUUUAUGCCCUGUGACUGACAGUGUAAGAGGGUGGCAUUAAGAGAUCAUGUGAACAGAUUAACAUGUGUGUGAUUUGUUACUGUAAUAAACUACUGCAGUAUGUUUUUAUUUUCCACAGUUAUACAUUUGGAAAAUAAAAUUUGAUGAUGAUUA